AGGAGUACUAAAAUAUAAAUAUAACAAAGAAAAGAUAGAACACCAUUGCAGAUAUUACUCAGGAUCAUAUACUGAAGCACAGGCAAAAUGGGAGAUAAAUAGAAAGGAACUAUUUGCAUUAUAUAAAUGUUUACUAGCAUUCGAACCAUAUAUAGUUUACAAUAAAUUUAUUGUAAGGACAGAUAACACACAGGUAAAGUGGUGGAUAACCAAAAAGAUAGACGAUUCAGUUACAACAAAAGAAAUAAGAAGAUUAAUAUUAAAUAUAUUAAAUUUUACAUUUACAAUUGAGAUUAUUAAAACUGAUGAAAAUCUUAUUGCAGACUACCUCUCAAGAAAGAGAUACAAUGAAAGAUCUAUUGGCAAUGAUGACAAAUCUAUGCCAAAAAAUAGAAAAGAUAGAGACAGAUGUACAAAAUCUGAAAGCUAACAGUCAGCAGCAUGACUCAAAACAUGCGGAGCUACGUCGUACGGCAGACGGAAAACAGCCAGAGAUAGAAGGAGAUGAUGGGAAACUCCGAAAAACCCAUAACAAUGUUUGUUUAGAUACAGCUGCAGGUACAAGCAAAAGAAUUAAUGAAAAACCAAAAAAUACAAAUUUAAACCAGCUAUUUGCAAAACCAUUUACCCAAAAACCACAAAUGCAGAUACCAGUAGAACCGCAAACAUCUACCUACGCAGUUAGCCUACAAAAUGACAAAAAGAGAUAUAACUACAUUACACAAUCCUACAUUGAAAAUAUAUACAAAAUCCAGACAUAUUUAAACCUAAACCCAAGAUCUACACAAACAAAAAAUCCCGAAGAAGACUAUAUAACCCAGAAACUACAAGGAUAUAACAAACUUAUUGCACAACCUAAGACCAAUCCCAACCUAGUAAAAACAUGUUAUAACUACGGACUACUAAAUACAGUAUACACAUAUACCGGAGAAGAAAUAGCCGGAAUACCAGAACUACAUAGAGCAUUUUUAACAUAUAAAAGAAUUACCAAAGGAAAUUUAUUCUAUAUAAAAUGUUAUACAGCACCAGCAGAGAUACUAUACGAAGAGAUAAAAUCACCAAUACAGGUGGUAAAGAUAGGAUUAACCAGAGAUAUGAUUAUUCCAAAAGAGAUAGAAAAACAAAAUGAGAUACCAAAAGUAGAAAUACCUAACUUUUAUGCAAAUAAAAGAAUAAUUGGUAUAGCUACAAUUAUACAAGAGUUAGCAAACAAUUAUUUAAAUGGCAAUGCCAUUUGGAGCUAUUAUGCAAGAGAUCAGGUGAUGAUUUAUGCAAACUCCAAAGAAUUAAGAAAAUCAGAUAUGGAUGAAGUUCAGAGAUGGAUUUUGUCAUUGCUAAAACCAGAAGAACAACCAUCUACAAGAGCUUUGAAGAAAGGAUUUAUUUCAGAAGAAUUAUUAGUAAGAUAUUGCAAACUUAUCAGCAACAAAUACCCAGAUCAUAAAUGCUCCAAGUGCAACGGAGAAGAUAAUGUGAUACCUACAGUUGAUUUAGGAAAAAGAACUAAGCUACAAAAAAAAAAAGAAAAGAUGAAUACGAGGAGAAACGUAGGAGGAGAGAUUGGAGGAGCAUCUGCUGAGGUAAAUCAAGUUCGUCCCCAGGCUCCAACUGUUGGAAUGGAGAUGCAUGUUAAUCCAGUUUAG